UGGUUUAACUUAGGUAGCGUUUAAUUUCGGUUAUUAUUAUGCCAAAAACGAUUGAAAAAUUAUUAUCACUCUAUUAAUUGGCUAAAAUCAUUCAUCUUUGCCGAAAUUCGUGAUAAGAGUCAAGUUGUAAUCGCACCUUCCGAGUGGCGUACUCAAUUCGGCCACGUGCAAGCUAAGUCCCCGUCUCGAGCGUCUAGCGCACGUCACCUCGCAAACAGCGAAGUCUGUGAUGUUCCUCAGUGGAGCGAGGAGAGAGCAGCCGUGCCGGUGACUUUGAAAGAAUGCAGCCGCUUUUACCGGCGAAUAAAAGGAGCUCGAUUCGCAGCAGGAAACGUGAAACGCUCGUCGCACAUAUAAAUACUCAUAUCUGAUUUAGGAUAUCACACACUUCUUUGUCAUCCAUCUUACAGUACAACGAAGCAAACUUGAAAACAAGAAGGCAAUACUGUUUGCACCAAUCUACGAACUGCAAAUAUCGCUAUACCAGAUUUUUUCGUAUCCCAUUCCUGAACUACAAUCAAGAGUUUCAGUUCAUUGAAGAAAUGAAUCCCACUGCUAACGAUUCACAACAACACAUGGCAUCGAACGAUCUUCAAAACCUGAACAACGGAUUAGAUCAGUGGACUCGGGCUCUGAAACGGUUACAAAGCAUGUCAUCGAAUUCAAUGCCAGAACAGAAGCGUUUGAAAAUGAGAAAAACUGGUUCAUGUACGAAGAAUAUGCCUGCAUUAUAUAAUUACAGCAAACAAAGCAGCAUCAGAACAGGUUUAAAUCACCUCACCAGCACUCAGAGAUCGAAUGUGGAAAUGCAAAAGCUCAGGAUCCAACUGCAAACAAAUGGAUUCAGUUCAACUAUAGAAUAUUUUCGGGAACAGCAAAAAAUAUUGACAGAAUCACUUCGACGAAAGUCUACUACGACAAAUCAAUCUUCCGCCAAUCAAACAAAUUGUGAUGUCAGUGUAAUUAGUAACAGUCCAAAUGUUACUCAUCGAGUACGCAAGCGAAAAUCAGAAGAUAAUAAAAUGAACUACACGACUCGUUUGAACGAAUCAAGUAAUCCCAAACUAGCCCGUGUGGAUAUGAGUUUAAACAUUUCCAUUCGCCAAAAGAAAACAACAGCUAGAAAAAACACUUCAUCCAAUGACAACAGAAAAGUGUCGCAAGUCAAAUAUACUCCACGUAAACCUUGUCUCUGGAAAAAGAUUGUGUUGAGGCAACAUUUCCUAGCAACUCGAAACUACAUGAAAUGUGCCGUUUGCUGAUGUAUUAAUAUAUAAUAAUAUUUCAAUUUUUCGUCAGAUUUUAUAUAUUCCCCUUUAAAAAUUAUAUACUUUAUUUAUGUUUACUUUUUUGACAAUUUGAUUGAAUAAAGUUCUUUUCUCCGAAUCAUGUAUAAAAAGUGUGUAUUGCGUUCAGAUUAAUCAAAAUUUGAGCCAGUCAUUAAGCAGUCAUUUGAGUUUCAGUAACCCAGACAACUUCAUUGUUGAAUGUAUUUGGUUGCGAAGAUCUAGCAAUUCUGCAACCUGAGGACAACGAAACGUUUAAUUUUGGGGCUUUGACAUAUAUGUGUGUCAUCAAUGCCGAUUGCCAUCUUACUUUUUACGACCUUAGCUUAUGUGCGAAACGCGUUGCGCGGGUAGAGAUAAUUUGUCUUCACAUUCUAGCACUUUUUAUCCAAGUACAAAACUUUUUGAUGGUUAUGAAAACUUACGUUGAUCGCCCGUUCAGCUGAAGCCUCAUUUGCUUCAUUCCUAUUUUCGAUUCAGAUGCAUGCUACUUACCAACAUCUCUUUACCGUUCGGUGAUAUACAAUAUAACAUAAUAAAAAAAAAGAA